AUCAACAGAAGGGGUGUGGUUUUUUAUCAUGAUAAUGCUAGACCUCACACAUCUUUAACCACUCAGCAAAAAUUAAGAGAGCUUGGCUGGGAGGUGUUAAUGCAUCCGCCGUAUAGUCCUGACCUUCAGAUUUCCAUCUGUUUCGGUCUCUUCAGAAUUCUUUAGGCAGUGUCAGGUUAACAUCACAAGAGGACUGCCAAAACCAAUUGUCGCGGUAUUUUGAUCAGAAGCCCAAAAAUUUCUAUAGCAAUGGGAUCAUGUCCCUACCUAUAAGAUGGCAAAAAGUUAUCGAACAAAAUGGUACCUACAUACUUUUGUUAAAUGUAAAUAAACUAUAAUAUAUUCUAAGGAAAGAAGACCUAGGAAGUGGGCGUGGCCUGCUGACGUAAUACAGCAGCGACUUCAGACUGGUCGGAGUUGAAGAGGGGAGUUGAGGACACCACUAACAUAUUGCCUCGUUCACGGCCUCUUUCUGAUCUCGGCACCAGGGAUAGACGGACGUUGUACAUUCGCGUGUCAACUUAGUUACCCACAUUUUGUCAUUAGUGUUUAAAAUCAAUAAUUGUUGAAAGUUGUAUUUUGUAUUGUUCUAAUUAUAUUUUUUUAAUAUUUUGAGUCGUGAUUUCUAAUUUCAGAAGUGGGAUUCCUAUUCCAUUAUCUGCCUUGGCUUUCCUGACCGUUCUACUUUAGUUUUGUCGAUUUUUGUGUUUGACAAAAGAAUUGUGAAAUUUUAUUUUUGUAAAUAUGUCUGAUCGAAGUAAGCGUAGGAAGCGCGAGCGUGAUCGUACACCUAUCCCUGGUAUGGAGAAGCGACUUCAAAAGAUUUUGGAUCGUUUAGACACUUUAGAAAGUUACAGGUUUCGCAAUGAUACUGAAGGUAGUACGACAACGCCGAGUGCGCGGUGGGCGCAUGACGGCGCCAUCGCGGCGGCAGCUGUCGCGUCGGGUGAGCCGCCUCCACCAAUUGCUGUUUCAACAAACGUCGAGUCGUCCGAUGCAAGUUUGAAUUUAUCCGUGCCGUGCUCGAGUGCGACGAUCAACGGUUCGGGUACGGGGGUAUUGAAUGAGGUGGCUGAGAAAAUUGCUAAUGCGAUUGGUGCAAUUCCGGUAAGAUCGAAUCAUAUUUUUGUGUCGAGUUUCGAUCCCUCUUUGCACGAUUUUAAUUUAUGGUGUCAUGAAGUAGACCAUCUAAAACAAACUAAUAGAUGGGACGAUCUUGAGUGCUUAGCGAGGGUAGGCAAUUGUUUAAAAGGUGACGCUAAGUUAUGGUUGAAUGAGUGGGUAAGUAAUGACCGUAGUUGGUCAAAUUUCAAGCGCGAGUUUAAGACUUUGUGUCCCAAGCGGUUAGACAUCGCCAAUAUUUUGUUCGACAUUAUGAAAUCGGACUCUGAUAACUACCCUACAUAUGCCGAAUAUGCAAGGCGUUCGCUUCUGCGGUUACGUAUUGUGAACGGAUUGAGUGACGAGUUAAUUGCGGCAAUAGUGAUACGUGGCAUAACAGACACUCAAAUUCGAGCCGCUGCCACUAACGCCAAGUUACUGCCUGAUGAUUUGGUUAAUUUUCUAUCUAUUUAUACAAAGCCCACUAGAAUCACAUCCGUUUGUUCAACCGAUUUAAUUUAUAAGACUACUACGAGAAAACGAGAACAUGUCGUCACGAAAAUUAAAUGUUUUUCAUGUGGAGCUUUUGGUCAUAAACAGAUGACGUGUCCCAAGAGUGUAAAGCUAGAUAGAACUAACGCUAAUAAUUCACCUUUAGUAGCAACAAAUUCAGAUAAACUCUCACAGAGAGCAGAGACGUGUUCUUUUUGCAAGAAGGUUGGUCACAAGGUUGAUGAUUGUUUUUCAAAACAACGUGCCGAGUUUCGCGGCAACUCUAACUAAUAAUUAUAAACAGGAUGACAUUGCUACCGCGGUUACUCAAGGUGUUUCCGUAGAUAUCCUCAUAGAUAGUGAGUGGACUCUAUGAGGAUAUCUAUUUCAUUGAUUUCUGAGUCUGUGAAUUUGAAUUUGACGUGUCAUUGUCGUCAAAAACAAUUACCGAGGGCUUGUAAACGCUCCGCGAGGUCCUUGCAACUCUGGCGGGUUUUUCCAUCAACCUGAAAGUGUAAAUUUCUCACGACUGAGGUGGAGUAUUUGAGUAGGGCAAUCAGUAAUGGUCAGGUGAAGCCGAGCAAACACAAGGUUGAAGCUCUAGUCAAUGCACGAGUACCGAGCAAUGUAAAAGAAGUAAGACAGUUUUAGGUCUCUCGGGACAUUUUAGGCGUCAUAUCUCCGGCUAAUCAUCAACGGCAUGUAUUGCAAAUCUAACUCGCAAAAAGUGUACAUUUCAUUUGGGGUGAAGAUAAAGAAAGAGUUCGAAAGGUCAUUGAGCGAUUAACCAGUGAGCCGGUUGUUUCUUCAAGACUAUGACUUUGAGCUUGAAUAUCGUAAGGGGACCGCGCUAUCCCAUGCAGACUACUUUAGCCGAAAUGCAGUCAAUGUUUAUGAGAUACCUAAACCUUUAAAUUGGGCUCAGAUAGCGCAGGCCGCUGAUGAUGAAACAUAAAAUUUGCUACAAAAGUUGUGACAGAUUCGAAUGAGUUCAAAUAUAUAGUUCUAAUAGAUGUGUUACAAAGUAUUGUCUCAUGUAUCCCAUUCACAGACAAGAUGCGACGGAGUUAAAGAGAACUUUUGAAAUGGCAAUGUCUCUUUGUAGUCCUUCAAAAUUAGGGGUCGGAUGUAUGAAAGUAACACCUUUGUUAAUUAGAUUAAAGAAUUAUGUUGUAAAUAUACAUCUCAUUACACCUGAAAUGCACCAAAGUAGUGGUCAAGCUGAGCACUACUGCUGAACUGUAAUGAAUAUGAUUCGGGUCGAGUCUAUCUUUAGACGAGAACAUUGUUCUGACAUUAUAAUAUGAAAGAUACAGCUCACUUUGAACAUUACUGUGCAGAAAUCAACCAAAUAUUCACCUUUGUAUUUGUUAGUUGGCAGUGAGAGUGCAACGCCUGUCAUACGAUCCCUGGUGCGCGAUGUGGCUCUGGUGGCAUCGAGUCCUAAUCGUGAAUUCCUACGUGAACUCGCCCGACAACAAGCUUCAAACUCGCUGGAUCAGAACCGUACUCGUCAGGACGCUUAUGUUAACGAGCGCCGCAAUACAGUGCGCUCCUUUCAAAAUGGAGAUCUGGUGUUCGUGCGUAAGACAAGCCAAGCUACGGGCAAGUUGGACUCAGGAAUGCGAGGGCCAAGUCACUGGCUCCUAUGGCAAUACAACGCAGGCGGCCGCAGAGUAUAUAAUUCUAUGGCGCGGCGAGUGGACACCAGAUGUGUGCACUGCAUUCUCUGAAAGUGACGAGCAUCCAGUUAGUGAGGCAAUUGAUCAUGCUGAAGCUGUUGAAGAUCCAUUCUCCGACUCUGAUCGAAUAACGGGCGAGGACGCACCGCCGUCAGGAGAGGCCGUCUAAGGAAAGAAGACCUAGGAAGUGGGUGUGGCCUGCUGACGUAAUACAGCAGCGACUUCAGACUGGUCGGAGUUGAAGAGGGGAGUUGAGGACACCACUAACAUAUUGCCUCGUUCACGGCCUCUUUCUGAUCUCGGCACCAGGGAUAGACGGACGUUGUACAUUCGCGUGUCAACUUAGUUACCCACAUUUUGUCAUUAGUGUUUAAAAUCAAUAAUUGUUGAAAGUUGUAUUUUGUAUUGUUCUAAUUAUAUUUUUUUAAUAUUUUGA